AUGAAUCAAUCACCACGACCAAAGAACACGCCCGGCCGCCGGCGUCAGGGGCGCAAUGGCAACAACAACAAUGGCAGCACCCCCCAGAAGUCCUACGUCUCUGAGAACGACCUCCCGGCGUAUCUGUCCGGUGGUGCUGAGCAACAGUUUGUCAAUCCGAAUACUCCUCUCAAGGCUCCUUCUGCCCAGAAGCCACGAUCCAGGAACAACAAGAACCGCAACAAGAACGGCUCGCCGCCGCACCAAAACAAGCACUCAAACCCCCAGGCGAUUCCGAUAGAAGCACCCGCUGCCAUUUUCGCCGGUGCCACCUUCCACGCAUCUCCCGCGCCUUCGUCCCUGCCCAUGCCAAGCUUCCUGGCUCGAUCCAGUGCCGAGUCACCUCUCGCAAAGUCAUCCCCGCUGGCGCAGGCGAGGGCCAGCCCGCAACAAGAACCGUCUCCGCCGUCAACAGACUCGGAGGGCGGACAGGGCCUGGCUCAGUUGUCUGAGGGUCGCAAUAAUGACUCGCCUCUCGAGGUUUUCUUCCGUGCGCAACGUGCAGAGAAGGCCAAAGGGCACAGGGCCAAGUCCGCUAAUGCCGCGACUCCCACCUUCGCCCCUGGCCCAUUCUCCCCUCCACAGGCUUCCCCGAUGGCAGCGAGGACCGUACCAAGAGGGCAGUCGCAGAUUCAGGCCCAGACUUUCGCGAACGCACCAAAGAGUGCAGGGCCGGGCAUCUCGGCAAUUGAGCUGGACGGGACUCCGGGGCGAGGUCUUGGACCUGCUUUUUCAACCCCUUACGCUGAACGCAUACGGGCCGCACGACCUAGCCCUGCUGUAUCGAAUGCGAACAACACUGCAGAUCCAGCCUCGCACUAUGAUGAGUCGCAGGCCCUUUUGAGAAUGCUUCAUCAUGGGAAACCUGCAUUUGGACAAUCACCGCCAGCCGCGCAGCCGCAGCAGCAGCAGCACCAGCACCAGCAGCAGUACUACCAUUCUUCGCCGCAGGAUGGGCCAGGUGCUCAAUCGGCAUUUUCCCAGUACAGGCAGCCCAUGCCCUACCAACAGUACUCGUCCCAUCAGGUGCAACCGCCGUACCAGAAUUCUCCUUAUAGUUUUAGUCCCCCGGCACAGUCCAACGGGAUUUCCCAGUUGAAACCUCAACACGGAGCCGUCUCUGAUGGCGAUCAAAUCUCCAAGAUGGAAGCAAGCUUGAGACAGGUUCUCAAGCUUGACUCAUCAUCAUAG